AAGAUAGGGGAGCGGGCUAAUUUUGAUUGGAUGUCCGCAUAGUAUACAAAGUAUACUGUAGGUGUCAAACACCUGAUUUAGGCCAACUGGUGGACGCAUGAAACUGUGUACAUGCAUUACUGAUUCUACCCAAUCUGGUUAUAAACAGGCCUACUAAAAUGUCUUGUUAUCCCUCCCUACUGUAGACCUGAGACCACAGUUAGUACAGUACUGUAUGUAUACAUCUCUGGAUAAACUGACCUUCGAAUGGACUAACUAAUUAUUCUGCUAUUACAUAUGGUAUAUGUAAAUUACCAGAAAAAAAAAACCAGGAACAGCUUCUAAUAUGGAUAUUGAAGAAAAACUAAAGGUCAUUGAGGCAGCAGUGGAAUACAUGGAUAUGACUAAUAACUUGGAAAGAGUGAAAUCACAAUGUUUGCAUUACAACACAAUAGAAAAGGAAAGGUAUUUAUAUACUUUUAAGAUCCUACUCCAUCCAAGUGAUGUUUGUGAAAUAAAUGCUAACCUUGGUAACUGUAUACUUUCAACACCAGCAGUGGCAACCAACCUUUUCCAAGAGAUAGUUUUCCAGGUGGUGCAGCUGUUGUCCCUUUUACAAGAAGACUUAACACUGUCCCAGAUCUGUGUCAUACUAAGGCUGACGUCACUACCUAGGAUUCCUCAACUGUAUGAAGUGGAGCAUGCUAAUCAGCUGAGUGUAUUCUUCAACAAAACAGUGUUUGUUCAUCUGACUGGUGUUAUCCUGGGUGUGACAGCUACCUCAAAAUAUACACAGAGUACACGGUACACCUGUAUUGACGAGGAAUGUGAGGGCUAUACUGGUUAUCAUUUCAUCCGUGUCCACAUGCCUGGAGCAUCGGAGGAACAGACAAUCAGGAGUGAUUUUAAAUGUAAUUUUUGUUGGAAACCUCUGAAGGAAGUAAAGACUUGUCGUACUUUAGCAGACAGGGUAAUAGCAGAAGUUGUACCUAACACUGUAUUUAAACAUCGAAUCAGCAACCCAUCCAAGUUCCGUGAGCAGGCAAUCCCCAUAUAUAUCAGAGGUGAUUUGACAAGAGAUGUGGAGAUUGGUGGGUGUUAUGAUAUAAUAGGACUCCUACAGAAAACUCAGCAGGCUGACAAUGAUGUCAUGGCAAUAGAGGUUAAUAACAUGAAAAAGGUUAACCUGAUGGACAUAAGACCUGCUGUCACAUCUAAAAGUCUUCCUGAUGUCAUCUACAAAUUAUAUCAAGAUAGAAGGAAUUCCCCCUGGAGCUUUGUACGGAGUCUGGCUUUUUUCUUUGGAGGGAAUGUAAGUCCGUGUGGUACAUUCUUCAAACUGAAGCUGUCACUACUUCUCAGUCUGAUGUCACUUCCUACAACACACAAGGUCAAGUCCUCAAAUAGACCUCUUCAUGUACUAGCUAUUGGUCAAGACACAUCUUUUCUGAACCAGCUGAUGACCUAUGCACAACACUUCUCCAACAGAGUUUCUGUUUACUCCUCUGUCAACCACCUUGCUGGCAAGGUCUCCAAAGACAAGUAUGCAGGCUGUCAGUACUUCGUAGAGGGUGGAUCUUUUAUGUAUGGAAAAGAUGGAGUGUGUUAUCUUGGUGACAUGUGCCGGUUCAGGAAAAGUAUAUGUGAACAAGUACAAACAGCUCUUAGUGAUGGCAAGGUAACAAUUGACAUAGCCGGCAAGUUCACAGGAGGCUUGCCUCAGAAGAUGGAGCAGAGGUUAGAAUGUUUAGUGUGGGCUUACACUGACCCAGUCACCAACAAAAAGCCCCAGCAUUUUGAUGACAUUUUUACAGGUUGUGAGACAGGCAAUUUGGCUAAACCACUAUUGGACGUGUUCAGCCUGCUCCAAUUUGUGGAUAGUGGAAAUAGUAUAACUAGGGAAGAGGCAGCAUUGAGGUGUGCUGACCAGAAACUUAGGUCAUCUUUGGAACUAGACACUGGGAAGCAGGCAUCUCAAAUUAGCGACCAGGAAAUGGACCAGUUCUUACGUCUAGCAAAUGCCAGUCAGCCUACAGCAAGUCCAGAAGCUGACUGCCUUAUCAAUAGGUACUAUGUAGCCAGCAGGAAGGUCCGUUCCUCCAGUGGCUGUGUAUCCAGCAUCCCUGUAACUGCAUUCCAGACUAUUUGUAGUUUAGCCAUUAGUCACACCAAACUGAGUCUGCGGUCUGUGGUCACAGAGGAGGAUGCUCUUAUGGCCAUCAAUCUAUACGAGGAAUCAUUGACAGCAAGGUUUGGUUACUCAGUUCUAAGUGUACAGCCAUCCCCACAUAUUCCAGUCAGUGAAACCAGUGAUUUCCUUGGAUACGAGAAUGACAAGCAGAUGAAACAAUUCUACAAGACAUUAGUACACUUUACUACACAAUCUUACAUGGAGGAAUGAUGCCUAAGACUAAUGCUCACUAUCUGUGAUAAUUUGAAAUUAACAUUGUUACAUCAGAUUCUAACAAUCCAUAAAUGCCUUUUUUUCUCAAAGACUUGCUAAAGACUUGCUUUGCGCUACAUCCCUUCCAUAUACGGGUACUAGCUACUAGGACCUGGAAAAUGAUGUUUAUGUGUUGUAAUUUGGAUCUAAAUUUAGUAACUUAGAGGUAGAAUGUAGCAUACAACCAAUUACCAUGAUUAUUACCAGUAUACUACUUGAUAUUUUAAUAGACAUGGAUGUCCAUUUCUUUGUUUCUUGGAGCCAGCAAUGUUGUUAUUCAAGGAAUCUGAGUUCACUAUAGGAUAAUUGUAUGACAUUAUAUAUUAUGUUGAAAUGAAAGUACAUGUAUUUACUGACCUGUCUGGAACAUGCUAUAUGAUUAAUGACUUUUGAGUAUCUCUCAAUGGGAACUGCAUUUUAAUAUAAAAUUAUGUUUUCUACAGACAAAAUAUAUAUCUUAAUGGAAAUAUACAAAAUUCACUGAUAAUAGAAAGUUUGUUUUAUUUUUAUCAUUUCUUUAUAAGAAUAACAUAUGAUCAUAUGUAUUUGAUACAGCAUCAUCUUCACUAUCCUUUUCAGUUUUAAUUCACCUACCUAAUAAGAAAAUCUAAAUGCACAAAAUAACAAUUA